AUGGCAACCCGCAGCUGGAAGACACAAAAGUGCCGCCAGCUCAUCAGGCUCCCGAGAGCCAACCCCUCAUCCCCUGAAUGCCUCCCUUUGCCAGUGCAAAGGGCGUGGGAAGAGAGCCCCUCGCUCUCUCUCAAGGUAGCACCCGUUGAAUACGGAGGCAGCCAAGGAGAGCUGGGUGCAGUUCUCUUGUUAAUAACUUCGAUUUCAUAUGAUGUGUUCCAGUUCGAUCUAGCCUGCGAGGAGUGGAAGAGGACUUUGGUCGGAACCAUCCACAGCGCUGGUGUUUUCAUGGCGCUACCUAUCACAGCAUUCAUUUCGGACAACUAUGGAAGACGUACGGCCCUCAUCAUGACCGCAGUGGCAGCGGGAGUAGCAGGAGUCGCCAGAGCAUUCUCCAACUCAUACGUCCUCUACGUAGUGCUUGAGUUCGUGGAGGCCACUGUUGGAGCCGGAGCUUAUAGUACUGGGUUCAUUCUUGCUCUGGAAAUGGUGGGAGUAAACCGUAGAGUUCUCGGUGGGAAUAUCAUAUCAAGCACUUUCGCACUAGGACAAGUGGUGGUGGCCCUUACAGCGUGGGCGUUCCCGUACUGGCGUACUUUGACCUUGAUUAUCUACGCUCCAUCAAUACUAUUCAUCCUAUACAUCUUUGUCAUAGAAGAGAGUGUCAGAUGGCUGAUAAGUAAAGGAAGGAAGAAGGAAGCUGCCAAAAUCAUUUUCAAAGCCGCAGCAAUUAACAAUAAGAAGUUGUCGCCAGAAACUAUCAAAAUACUUAAUGAUGAAAGCGUUGUAGAGGAGGAAACUAAAUCCCCAGUUAAAGAACUACCGAAAAAAUCCCUAGCAGUGCAGGUUUUGAGGUCUAAAACUAUAAUGACCCGGCUUUGUGUUUGUUGUUUUUGGUGGAUAACGCUUACCUUCGUAUACUACGGGCUGUCGAUCAACUCCGUGUCUUUGGCUGGGAACAGCUACGUCAAUUACAUUUUGACUUCACUAGUGGAGAUCCCCGGAUACUGUCUCAGUGUGCUGACGAUGGACAGGUUCGGGAGGAAAGCCUCGAUCAUGACUGCCUUUAUUGUGUGUGGCCUGUCGCUCGUCGGAUUGCCGUUUGUACCCGAGAACAUCAUUUGGCUCCAAACGACGCUCAACAUGAUCGGAAAGUUGUGCAUCAGUAUGGCGUUCAGCAGUAUAUAUAUAUACACAUCAGAGCUGUUCCCCACUGAAGCGAGACACACUCUCCUCGGCGCCUGCUCCAUGAUUGGACGGAUAGGGUCCUUAGUUGCGCCGCAGACUCCUUUACUGAUGACAUACAUGGAGUCUCUUCCGUACCUGAUUUUCGGCAUAAUGGCGUGUACAUCUGGUCUACUGAUGCUUCUAACACCAGAAACCCUGAGGGUAAAGCUGCCAGACACCAUAGAACAGGCAGAGAACAUCAGCAAAAAGCCACAGAACGGAACUCUUAAUGGUGUCGUAACCUCAACUUGAGUCUUCGAAACCUUAGAAAUUCCGAGUUGGGGCGUGCCAUUCUUCUAACCAAACUCGCAAGAUCGCUCCGACAAAUUUGCACUAUUCGGUGUAACUUGCGGUCGUGAUAGAAGAGAGCGAUGAAGGCGGCCAACUAGACUCGGUGCGGUGCGCGCGGAUGGCUUUAGCAGAAUUGCACGCCUCAUUUUAUUAAAAUAGAUUUAAAGCUUUGUUAAUUAGUAUAUUAUAUUUAACUUGUAUUUAAGUAUUGUUCUUAUGUACCGAUAUGAAAUGUCAGUUAGCCUGCCUGUUCGACAGAUGAGUUUACCACAAUAGUCCGCGCAUCUUAGCUGUUGCUAAAGGCUUGGAGUAUAAAUGGGAUGAUCGUACUAGUAUCUGAUACGCAUACGCAUACUAAUAGUACGCAUAGUAUUAGUUGUAAUACAGUUACCCGGCAAUGUAUUAAAUAAACAGUGGAAAAGCAUUGAGCUCGUGACUUGCGCAUCUGUGAUAGUCAAAUAUUUAAUUUUAUCGUAAUAAAAUAUUAAUUUGUAAAACAAAUUGCCCGUCUUAGCAUUUCAAGUAUCGAUAGUAUUCAUAUAAUAUUUUUAAUUUUUAUAUCAGUAAACAAUGUGCAGGAGUAA